AUGACACAAACAAAAUUAGUUGUUAUUGGGAGUACAGGAAAUGGGAAAAGUGCACUUUGUAAUUUUAUUUUGAAGAAGAGUUUUUUCAAGGAAAGCAAUAAUCCACAAUCAGUGACCAAAGAGACAAUCGGAUCAUAUGGAGAAGGAGAUAGACAAGAUGUGUUUGUUAUUGACACACCUGGACUACAAGAUUCCGAAGGAAGGGGGAAACAGUACAUGGACCAAAUGGUUGAAUAUAUCAAACAACAAAAAGGACUUCAAGCAAUAGUUGUUGUUUUAGAUAUUAAUCAAGACCGAUUUGCACAAUACAUUAAAACAAUGAUUAAAGUGAUAUGGAACGUUUUUCCAAUAGCAGACUUUUGGAGACAUGUUUGUAUAGUGUGGACUAAAUGCUAUUGUUAUUUUCCUACCGAAGUUAUUGAAGAAAAGAAGAAAAGUAAAAUAGGAAUAUAUCAAGAAGAACUAAUGAAAGUUGUUAAAGAAACAACAGGAACAACAGAAAAUAUAGAAUUUCCAAUGUACUUUGUUGAUUCAAGAGGAUUACAUGGAUUUGAUAAUACAUCUUCAGAAAAUGGAAUUAUAAGUAUGUUAACAUGGGUAAGAUCGUUAACACCAAUUAAUGUAGAAGAAGUGAAAAAAGGAGAUCCUGUUUAUCAAAAUAUUAUUGAAGAAAAGGAUAAACAAGAGAGAGUCAUUAAACAAGAAAUGAAUAUCCAAACAAUUGAAAUUCAAUAUUUGAGAAGAAACAAAAGAAUAACAUACACAGGAGAAGUUAGUUAUACAAAUUGGGAAGUUGAAAAUACAGAAAUUAAAGAAGUUAUUCUUCCUAAACAACCAAUAGGAACAAUAAAAGAAACAACCAAUGAAGUGAAAGAAAUAGGUAGAACAAAGAAUUAUGAAGAUGUUAAAACUAAAAGAAGAAGAUAUAUAAUUUGUGGACCAAGAAUAAAAAGAAGAGAAUUCGUUAACACUACUGUUCAUAAAGAAGAAGAAACACUUGAAAGAACAAUAAAUGUGUUCAAUGAUGGAACAGCAACAGAAGGACCUUGGGUUUCUAUUUCUAAAAUACAAUUUGAUGAAGUAGUUUAA